GAACCGACUGUAAGAGUUCUCAAGCGCUUCGUCCGAUACCAUAAUUAUAAAAAUAAAUCUAGUCGAAAAUUUUACUUGGCCGGUACCGUACGCAAGUGCUAAAAAAUUGUGUGUUCAACUAUCAACUGAAUUAUUUAAAAUAUUAAUUCAGUAAAAAUGGAGCGAUGGGUGAACCGAGUCGCAGUGGUAACUGGUGCCAGUUCAGGUAUUGGUGCGGCUUGCUGUAAGGAUUUAGUAGCCAAGGGCAUGAUUGUAGUUGGCUUGGCACGUCGCCAAGAGCGUAUGGAUGCAUUUAAAAUGAGCUUGCCAGUAGUGCAACAAGUUCGCUUCCAUGCACUCCGAUGUGAUGUUAGUAACGAAGAGGACAUUCAUAAUGCUUUCGAGUGGGUUGAAAAGGAAUUGGGUGGUGUUGAUGUCUUAAUUAAUAAUGCUGGCAUAUUUCGUUCUACAGAAAUUGUGGCUGAAAAUAAUACAGCCGAUUUAAGAGCUACGGUUAAUGUAAAUAUUUUGGGUGUAGCUUUUUGUACUCGUGAAGCAUUCCAAUCGAUGAAGAAACGUGGUGUUGAUGGACAUGUCGUCAUCAUCAACAGUGUAGCAGGACAUCGUGUACCACAUGCACCAGGUUUUAGGUUUAAUAUUUAUCCACCCACUAAGUAUGCUGUAACCGCUAUGACUGAAGUGUUGCGUCAGGAAUUUUUACUCUAUGAAACAAAGAUUAAAAUUACAAGCAUUAGUCCUGGAGCGGUUGAUACUGAAAUUAUACCUGAUGAUUUUAAAUCCAAGUUAGUAAUGUUGCGUUCCGAAGAUAUAUCCGAUGCUGUUGUUUACUGCCUUCAGACUCCACCUACAGUUCAGAUACAUGAAAUGACCAUUCAACCUAUUGGCCAAAUGAUGGCUUAAAUUAAUUGACUUGCAAUAUAUGAAUGAUAAUUAUAGUGGGAACCAAGGAAUAUUUAAUUAAAUAAGUA